ACAGGCCGAGUUGAGAGGCAGAGUGGGUAGUUUAAUUUGUUGACUGUGUUUCAUCAGAGCUGCCGCUGCUUUGAAUUCCAUCAUGGACAAUAUAGACAGUCAGCUCUCCUGCAGUUGGACACAGUUUAGCUGUCCUCCGUUGAAGAUGGUGGCAGCUCGGCUCAAGGAGUGUAAGAAACGGCUCGGUGCUUCUCCGUCUUUCUGGUUGGAAAUGAGAGGCGGUGUAGAGGCGGAGGUCAGUCUAGUGUGGAUGCAGGGUCGAGUGAUUGAAGUACGGCAAGAGCGAGACGUCAGCUUGCGCUUAACUGAUGACACUCACACCUUCACUGUUUUCGGGGCUGACAGAGCGCCUAAAGGCAAGCCAUGCCUGGAGCAAGGAAAAUAUGUAAUGACGAUGGGCAUUGUUUUAUCUUGUAAUCCUGAGCCUGUAUUGCGUGCAGUGAAGAUCACGGAUCUCUCGGACAAUCCUGUGCACCAGGAUAUGUGGAAGUUUGAAGUGGACGAUCUACACAAGAAUAUUAGAUGUACCUAGCAGCUGGAAAAUAAAAAAAAACUGAGUCUCCACCCAACUGGACUGUGGAUAUUUAAAAAUUAUAGCGAUUUGCAAAGGGUCUGUAAUAUAGUAUCAGGUGUUUUUUUUCCCAUAUUAAAUAUUUGUAUGAUGGAAACCAGAACAUUUUGUAAUUUUUGUCCUGUUUUUGUGCUUCGUUAUCUAUUAAAUAGUCGAAUUGCCAGUGCGUAAUUAUAUACUGUAUAACCAAUUUGAUCUUCUGAAUAAAACUGUAUCUGCCAUCCCCCCAAAUUGCACAAUAAAAGUUUACCAGGUAAUUGGUCAGUCAAUCAAGAUGAUAUUUAUUUUUAAGAUGUGAAAUGUAACCUGGAUAGAAUUUUAUUAUGGCGGUAACAGGUUGAAUGCCCGAAUAAACCAAAUUUCUCUUCA